GUUAAACCUGCAGAAGGUGUCACGUGUUUCUCUAGGAGAUAACAAGUGGAUGUAGAAACCAGAGAAGAUCGAUGAGGAGAACCUUGAGGACCUUCGAGUGGAAAAGAAGCGAAACGUUUGAAUCCAUGUGAGUCAGCAGCCGAGUCUCUGAGCAGGACGACGACCAUGAAGAGGAACAAGCAGAUCGACGUCAAGCGAGCGCUCGCCCUCGCCAGCGUCUUCAACUUCCUGUGCUCCUGCUCCAAAGGCUGCCUGCUGCCCUUCCUCACCCUGUACCUCCGGCAGCUGGGCCUCACCCCCGCGAUGACGGGCGUCAUCAUGGCCGCCAAACACCUGAUAUCGCUGGCGUGGACCCCUGUGGCCACUCUCCUCUCCAAGCACUACAACAAGAGGCGAGUGGUGAUCAAGGGCUCUCUGGUGUGCUCGGCAGCGGUCGCUCUGGUUCUGCUGCUCGUCCCGACCGCAGAGGUGCACACGCAGAGCAGCUCCUGUAACGCCACGAAUCUGAGCAGCGGCUCGGCCCAAAGUCUGGAUAACCUGCUCCCCAUCAGCCUCCUACCUGAAACCACAGUGACCAGCGGUCCCCCAGAACAUCCUGUUUCCCAUCCUGGUGACACUUUACCUGCUGAGACUAAAUCUGCUUCUGUAAUGACGAGCACAACUUCACGGAAUCAGCCAGAGGAUGUUUCUGUCGGGGUCGAGCGCAGCCUUCGAGAACCUGGGAUCAGCAGCUCCGUUGUGCCUCAUGUCUCCGGCUCCUCUGCUGCUGCUGUGAGGAGGAGGAGGAGGUCAGAGGUCAAAUCAGGCCCUGAGGAGCAGCAGAGAGAAAAGACGACAGAGGAGGAGAGCCGGUUCGACUUUUUAGGAGACUUGAAGGUCAUGGACCCUCAGCACCAACUCUUCUUCCUGAUCCUCAUCCUCGUCUCGGUGUGGGAGUCGGUGUCGGCCCCUCUGGAGUGGACGGCCGAUGAUGGACUGUAUGAAUAUCUGGAUUUUGCCGACGCCUCCGACCGUUACACCGCCAUCGGGCCGUGGGGUCUGCUGGGAGCAGCGUGCGGGGCUGGAGGCGCAGGGCUGCUGGUCAGCCAGUUGAGUUGUCUCAUAGCCGAUCGGAUCCCCAGGAGCGCGGCACACUUCUUCUGCUACGCUGGUUGGGCCGCUCUGGCGCUGCCCGUGGCUUGUUACCUCCCUCUCUACCUGAACAAGAAGCGCGACCGGGCCAACGGGCUCCUGAAAGCCGUGCAGCUGGUGCGUGGUUCCCCUCGCGCUCUGCUCUGCGCCAUCACCACCCUGCUGGUCGGGGCGGCGGGCGCAGCCGUGGACAACUUCCUGCUGUGGCAGAUGCAGGACCAGGGGAGCAACGAGCUGCACAUGGGAUCGUCUCUCGCCCUCGCUCUGCUCUCGCACGCCGCCUUCCCUCUCCUCGCCGGCCGGCUGUCCAAGCUCCUCAGCCCGGGGAGGGUGCUGGCAGUGGGGGCCGCAGCUCUCGGCCUGCAGUGCCUCUACUACUCCUUCCUCUGGGGCCCCUGGGCCGUGCUGCCUGCCCAGAUGUUGAGUUGCUUCAGCGGCGGAGCCCUGUGGUGGGCGGUGAACGUCCAGUGUGAGGACGUGGCCACGCCGGAGGCCGAGAGGAGCGUGAGGAGGAUCUACAGCGCCUUGUCUCUGCAGCUGGGAAGCAGCCUGGGCAGCGUGGGCGGAGGGUUUGUGGUGCAGAGGUUCGGGCUGGCCUGGCUGUUCAGGGCAGUGGCGGCGGGUCUGAUGCUGUGGUGUGUGUGUCUGCUGCUGCUCCAGUGGAAGGCCCCGCACCAGCGCAGGAUCAACUACUCCCGCCUCCUGGCCGCCAACGCCAGUGAGGCCAGUGACUCGGAGUCGGAGCAGGAGCGGGACUGGCUCGACAAAGCGAUGGAAACCGAUAGAAGCAAUAAUAAUAAUUAUGGAAGGAGGAUAAACCACUGAGAGAAACUGAACUUUACAGAGUCGGCUGCACGAAAGAGAACAAUGGGUGAAGAGCAGAAUAUUUUAACAAUAUGUAGAAUAACAUGUGGUGAACACAGUCCUGUACAGACACUUCAUCAAGUAGCAUGAACCAGAUAAUUGAUGGGUUAUGACGGGUUUCAUUUAAUUUCUGACUUUCAUUUGCACACACUCAUAAAUAUCCGUCUCCUAAACCUGCUUGAUUUAUCUCCAAGAAAUGUCUCUGAAUGUCAAAGAUCCACAACUUGCUCUUCCCUGACUCACACCACCUCCCUCCACUGAGUAGUUUUUGUGUAAUCCAUUUUACAAACAGACAAACACACAGAGAGGAAACCACACGGCAGCAGGGUUACAUGUGGCCAGAAGCUCUCUGCAGCACAGGGCAGGUUUAACAGGGUUUAAAAGCCUCUGACAAGCAGAGCAAACAGCAGCCGUGUGCACAAGGUGAGGCCGAACCAGUCGCUCUGUGUCACCACACCCGGGACACUGAGUGGUGUUGAUCUGCUGGAUCUGAGGCUCCUUCUGUUGGGGCCUUUUUGAAGCUGUGAAGAUGCUGAUUUGUAAUUAACUGCAGCUACAGAACAUUUAAAGGUCUUCUGUGUUUUCAGAGGCUCAGUGUCUCCGGCCCCUUCAGUCCUGGUGGGGGAACAUGUCGUUAACACACUUUAACACGUCUCUGGAUUCAUGUGAAACAACAAAUGUUGAAUUAAUAUUCUGCAAUUCUGUGCAUUGAGAUCAUAAUAAUAUUAAACGCUCCAUAAUGUGA